GCAGAAACGUGAAGCGCGACGGGCGGAAAAGAGCCGAGUAAAAACCUUCCCGAACGAACGUGAAGUAAAGCUAUUUUUCUUGUGCUGCUGCAAAUCACGCUGCCGAAAACUGUUGGUAAAAAUUACGAACUUUUCUGGUGGAUUUAAUCGAGGAAAAUGCGGUUUUCCUCGCUACUGCUGGCGCUGGUGGUGCUGGUCGGUACGGGAGUGGCCACAAAGCUGAAUUACCCCCGCGUGCUGCUGCCAAUCUUCGACCACAUUUCGGUCAACUUUACCCUCGAGGUGGUGGAGAAAGGGUGCUUCAAAUGGACUUCUUCCCGACUGGAUCUUAUUCAGAUCAAGCCGGAAUAUGACGAUUCGAAUGACGACUGUUCCUACCGGGUGACGGUAACCGUGAUUAACAAGGAGAAACGAAGGAACACAGCGAUUGUGUUAGCGGAGGAUUUGACAACCGGAGAAGUGUUGCGAUGCGACGUUAUCUUGGACGUGAUUGACCAGCUCGGAGUGUUGACAACGACACGGGAGCUCUAUCUGGAGGAAGCACCGGAAACGUUCGAACUGUGGGCUCAGGAUGCCCAAGGCAAUGCCUUCACGACUUUGGAAGGUAUUGAAUUCAACUGGCAGGUGGCUUCGCAUCGAGCAGUUGAUUUUCGUCACGGGGAAACGGACAGUGCUUGGAGUCAGGUGCUGCGGUUUCUGACCUUUUCCGAGAGCAAGUUCCAUGUGGUGCCGAAAGCGAUCGAGAAGUUGGAGCAGUCGCAGGUUCAGGGCUAUAUGGUUCUGCUGGAGGGAAUCAAUACCGGUUCGGCCAGAGUGACGGCAAAGCUGCCUCAUUCAGAGUACAGUCACGUGCCACCGGUCGAGGUGAACAUCAUGGUGUUGGCCAACUUGAUUCUGGAUCCGAGCGACGUUUAUAUUAUGACUGGAGACACCGUUAACUUCAAGGUGUUGCAGUUGAAGCAGGGAAAACUGCACGAGAUAUCGUUGAACAAUCAGUAUUAUCUGGAGAUUGAAAACACGGCCCUGGCUAGCAUCAAGGGAAACGAGGCGAAAGGUCUCAAGUUGGGCAGGACGUUUGUGCUGCUGAGAGACCGAAAUGUACCGCACGAUAUGACGAGUGACGAUCAAUCUGCGAAGGCCCUGCUUCCAAAGGCAUCGAUUACGGUCGCAGACCCCAAGAAAUUGACCCUAAAUCUCCUGCCCCAUUACAAUUGGGUAACUGUGGAGGGUGAGAAUCACGAAAUCGCUUUGGAUCUGUUCACGGCGGACGACCAUCAAAUUACGCUGGGAUCAAAGUAUCAGAUUCAGUCGACCUUUGAUGAGGCUUUGUUCUAUCCGAUUCGCAGAACGACCAAUGGAAGUCGCAUUGCUGGAGAAACCGUGGCCACCGGAACGAGUCCCGUCACUGGACAAUUUGAUAAGCUUACCGCCAAAGCAGAUUUGAUCGUUUACAAACGACUGGCGAUCUACCCGCCGGAGGUGAUCAUUCCGUACGACCCGGCCCUUCGCCGACAGAAGCUUCAGUUCACCGCAUCGGGUGGCGAUGGAUCCUACGUCUGGUCCAGUAUGGACAGUUCCCUGCUUUCCGUAACUCAAUCCGGACUCGCAGAAACACGUCUGGACAGCAUCAAAAGCGCUGCGAUCGUAUCGACCGGGGAUACCGAAACCAGUCCAAAACUUACGCAUGUCCGCGUGGCUCUAGCAAGGAAUCCCAAAAUAUCGGUAGCAGCUCAAGUCGUAUUCCUGCCCCCGAUCAAACUGGAAGUCGUACGCUACAACUUCGAAACCGUUCUCAAGGACUACGUUGAAGUGCACGUUGCUCUCUGGGCUAAGCACAACGGAACCAUGAAGGCUUUCACCUCAUGCGAAAAUUUGAACUUUGAACUAGAGUUCAGCAAUCAGAUUUUCCUUCUGGACACGGCGAAGAACAACGCAAAGGAUAUUCUGGCGGACAACGCCUGUCGGAUUUUGUAUCUCAAAGCCACUGCCGUGGGUCAGACAAACCUCAAGAUCACCUACCGGUACUUCGACAAAGUGCUCAAUGAUCAAGUCGGAUUAAACGUGUUUGAACGGCUGGCCAUCCUGAAUCCGAUUGAGAACGAAGUAGUUCUUCCGAUUGGAGCGUCGCGAAACUUGAUCUACCACAAUGGACCAGAGCGGAUUUACAACUCGGAAGCAGAACUACAGAAACGGGUCGUAGUUAGCGAUCAGAAGAGUUUGGAAGUUGAUCAAGUGGGAAGUGGUUUCUCCAAGGACAAGCAUAUACUGAGGGUUCUGUGCAAAAAGAUUGGCGAUUUUGAACUGAAACUGGAGGUUUACAACUCCUUGAAUGCGGUCAACGUGGUUCCAUACGUGACGGAGUUCAUAACCAAAGUCUAUUGCGUGAAACCUCGCUUCGUGAACCUGUUCACUACGGACAAAGUGAAAACCAGCUGCCCUCUGGAACGCCGUCACUCGAUGAUGCACGUCAAAAACGACAACGACCAACUGCUCGUAGAUAUUGAAGUACUCGACGUUCAUAACCGAAAGCUUGCCAACAUCUCGUCGCUCCUUCUCGAGUGGCAAUUCAGCUUGGCCGAUCGGGAACAGGCCCUCGAUCAAAUAACCUACGAACAGAAGACCGAAACUGAUUUCUUCGAAGGAGUUGAGAUCCCCAAACGAGACUUCCUUCAAACAACCCUCCCAGAGCUGGAAGCCAAUUUCAAGAUAAAGGCCACCGUCACCGAGUACCGAACGGAAGUUCUGCGCAAGCACUCCGUCAAACCGGAAUCUCCCCAAUUUGGCAUCCAGAAAACCACCGGAGGACCCCUCGUCAAACCGGUCAUCGAAAACGAGCUCAACUUCCUGGCCGUGAACAAAACGCUGCUGCCUUACGAGCACCUGACGCUGUUCCUGUCCCGUAGCAACGUGGAGCGCAUACGAAUCGCCCAGGGCAGUGGAUUCUACGACAUCAAAGCGUCUGACAGUGGCAUAGUCGCCGUGGAUUACGAUGAAGCCACCCGGCAGCUGGUGAUUACACCGAAGCGCGUCGGAGAGGUUAAGCUGGAAGUGGCCGACCAGUGCUUGAACACGGAAUCCAGUUUCCUGUACGUUUCGGUGGUUACCAUUGGAAAGAUAACGCUGCACGCUCCGGAUCGGGUGGAGAAGACCAAGACGAUCGAGGCGAUUGCGCGGAUUUACGAUAGCAACGAUCGGCUGCUGGAGCUGGCCCGGGGAAGUCUGGAGAUGUACGAAUUGAGUCAGGAGGUCUAUAAUCCGAACGUGCUGAGCAUGGCCCUGGGCAGCCAGACGCAGCUGGGAUCAGGGGAGAUUAGGUACAUCGUAACCGGAAUGGAGCUGGGGGAGACCAAGAUUGCGGUCAGCGCUGGAACGGGGGAGAAACAGAUUUCGAGCACUCCGGUUCCUGUGCAGGUCUUCCCGCCGUUGACGCUGUUCCCGCGGAACGCCACCAUCGUAGUCGGCAGCACCCUGCAGGUUUACUCCAAGGGAGGCCCCACUCCGGACACCAACAUCGUCUACAGCGUACAGUACGAGGACAUCAUUUCGAUCGAUUCGGGUCUGGUGUCCGGUUUGAAGAUCGGCCACUCCAAGGUCACCGGGCGAUGCGUAGGCGUGAAUCCCAGCACCGGAGCGCAGAUCGUGUUCUCCGAAGAUACGGUCCACAUUCACGUGAUUCCCCUGGAUGCGAUCGAGAUCAGGACUCCGUUGAGUCGCAUUCGUACCGGAGCUGUAAUGCCGGCACAUGUAUGGGGUGUUCCGGGCAUUUCCCCUCUGGUACUGGGAACGCUCGAAUCGGUGAAAAUCUACUGGUCAACGGACCAUGAAGAUGUUCUGGACGUCCGCGGAGUGUUCCAGGAAAUUGGAGUGGAGUACAAGGAAAAGGAUGCUAUUGGAGUUAGGAUUAGAGCGCUGGCACCGGGUAAGGCCGGAUUAUAUGUCACGGUCGUGACGACCGGUGGCGUAAAACUCACCGCCAAGACUGAAGUGACAGUCUUCCGCGUUUUGGAACUCGAAUCCCCGAAGGUCAUCCGUUACGACUCGAUCCUGGUGCCUCCACGGACCACAGUGCAAUUGAAAGCCAAUUUGGACGAUGCCGUUUAUCAACUGGAAGAAGGCAGCAACGCUGUAGUCAAGGUAUCCAAGGAAGGAUUAGUCAAAAGUGGCGAUGCAGUGGGACGGGUACAAAUCGUUGCAUCCUCGUUCGAUCAAUCCCUGACGAUCCCGGUGGAAGUUAAGAACGUCCACUACAUUAUGACCUCGCUGGAAACAUCCAACGUCAAAUUGCGCCAACCUGAGAGUGUUAUCCCGCAAGGUUUGAAUCUGAGACUUAAGGUAUCUCUGCACGACAAUCUCGGAAAUGAAUUCUCCCAUGGAAUCGAAGAAGUGUCGGCUCUGAAGCAGAAGCUCUCGAAACGAGGCAAUGUUCUGAUCACUACGGGAACAAACUACUCCGUGGUGCUGCAGCUGAUUCGCGAAACGUCCGACAUGCUCCUGAUCUCGCUCAAAGAUAAGGUCGGUGUCAAACAUGGAGAGGACUACCUCAAGUUAGUGGUAGGUGAAACGACGACGAUCUUCCCGGAAAAGACAGUGUUCUCGGUGGGUGACAUCGUUUGCUUUGAAUCCCCGCUGCUGGGAUCGUUUGCGGACUGGUCCAGCUCCGACGAAGGCUUGGUACGAAUUGACGCGGCUACUGGAGUUGCCAAGAUCCUAUCCUCGCGUCGUUCAAUCGCUGGAGGCGAAGAGAAGGUCUACAUCACCCAUGGCGAUCUUCGCUCCGGAGGAUUGCGAUUCGGCGUUGACGUCCUCGAAGCAGACCACAUCGAGUUCUUCAAAUCCUACGACGUUUUUAAUGGACAGAAAUACCGUGGUCACUUGGUCAUCAAGAACCAUCAGCAGGUGGACAAAUUUGUCAACAUGAUCGCAACAAAUGUUUCCACUUGCGCCGAAAACAUCGAAAGAUCUUUCUCCAAUCUCUUCAGCUGUAAGUUGACCUCAAAGCAAAAUCCGUCAUCCGGUGUUCUGAAGCACUUCAAGACUACCGCGAGUUUCGAUACCUCCAUCGGAGCGUACACCUGUGACAUCGAUCUGAUCACAUCCAUCGAGGAGGUCACCAAUCUAGUCAAAACCAAUGAACUCAACGUUGAACUGGAAGCUCGUCUCCUCGGCAGUGGGUUGUCCGAUACGUCCACCCUGAAAAUAGUUCCAGCGGUCAUCGUCGAACCGGACGUCAUCUCCAUUGAACAGGUUGGAACCCAGAUCGUCACCGUGAGCGGCAUGGACAAGGUUCUGCAGAAGAUCGAGGUAGCCUCAUCGAAUCCUUCGCUGCUGGAGGUUUCCAUGGUACAGAAAGGACCGGGCUCCAUUCAAUACAAGCUACGUCUGCUUGGGUCGUAUUCGCUGGACUCCUCUGAGGACCUUUUUGUCAGUAUCAUUUCACCACUCACCCUCCAGAAAGUUAAGAUUCCUAUCCAGUCACCGCUGGUGAUGCGCAAAUGUGCUAGUCAACCGUUGUACAACGUGCCAAAUAUGUUCCUCAACUAUGUCAGCAAUUUUGGGCUGGUAAUUUCGGCCCUCAUCGUAUUGGCGGGCACCGUUUGGGUGUUCGUGUUCUGCUUCCCGCAGCGUCAGAAAACGGUCGAUCCGAAUGCAACGCUCCUAUUUUCGCCGUUCAAAAGUGAUAACAAUCUGUCCGGAUAUAACAGUGGGGGAGCGCGGCUGAGUGCCAAUCCGUUUGCCAGUCCUGCGCAGCGUGGUGCGGGCAGUCAGGCACACGUAGCCUCGCCGGCGUCACCGUAUGUCGGUCCAGGCAAUCUAAGUCACAGUACAACUCCUCUAUCGUCAUCGGAUUUCAACAACAGUGCCAGCGGUAGCUCGCCAGGAUCGCCUAUCUACGGUGACAGUACGCUAAUGUCCCCGCAGAAACGGAUCCAUCGGCGACAGUUGUAAGUCAUCGGGCGGAAGUGAUUUACAUUUAUUCGGGUAAGUUCCAGGGAAAUUGAUUGCGGCCGUGCGUUCUGAGUUCGACGUUGUAUGAUUUUCUUGACGAGUGUGUGUAAGGAUAUGCGCGAUUGAUUUGCCUUUUUAUGCUAAAUGAACACUACUGAUAUUGCCUAUUCUUAUGAUCGAAAUAAUCGAAGACGAGACGAAAAGUAUGAGUGAAUGCAUAUAGUCGUAUAGUUUUUAAGUUCAUUACCAAGAAUAGAUAAUUAACUUCCAUUGUCAUUAUUGAUAGUUCUGAGUUAGGGAGAAGCAAGAAAAGCGGUCGAAAUAGAAAUAACUCUACGCCCAGCUAC